GCCGCCGAUCUACCUCCCUGAACCGAGGAGUCAUUCCGUAUCCUUUUUAGCCCGAGUCCCUCCGUGCUCCGUGCUCCGCUUUCCCUAGCCGCCACUCGAGGUCUCGACGUCCCCCCUCACCCCACUCCGUGCCGAUUUCCCCGAUCAGCCUACCCGGAGACCCCGACUCCCCCGGAAAUCACUGACCCCCAACUCCCUGGCCCCCGGGCCGGCCCAUCUCUGCUUGGCUGCUUGCGCGCGCUGAGCACAGCUGCCCGCCAUGUACCAGAACGGGCAGCGGGAUGCGACCCGGCCCUUCCAGGUGCCGCCGCCCCCGCCGCCCAUGUCGCCGCCGCCUUCCGUCGCCAUGGGCAGUCUGAUGGCCAUCCCUCCGCCUCCGCCGAGGUACCCGACCGCGCCGGCCGCCGCCAAUGUCCUGCUCCCUCCACCUCCCGGCCCGCCGCCGAACCCCCCCUUCGGUUCCGCCGCCAUGGGCCCGCCCAGCGCCCUGGGCAGCGCCCCCUGGCAGGGUUCCUGGGGCAGAGCCUAUGACGGCCGGACGACCUUCAACAUCCCCCCGCCCCCGCCGGGCGGCGCCGGCGCCCCGGUGUUGCAGGCCUACAACCCCAAGCUCCACGCCCAGGCUCUCGCCGCCGCCAAUGCUGCUGCUGCCUCCAAUGCUGCUGCUGCCGCUUCCGGUCCGACCACGCUCCCCGUCGCUCCGCCGCCGCCCCCAAGUGAACAGAUGAGCGCCACCUACAUCCCCCACGGCGAUACCUAUGGAGAGGGCGUCGGCAUCCCGGGCCUGGGUUUCGCUGACGAUGUCGGCUACGCCUGGAGCGCCGGCGACUCCGCCGCUGCUACCCCACAGGACGACACGUCGGGCCGUGACAGGCUCUACGCUGGCGCCAUGGGCCAGCGGGGCCAGUCUACUGCGACCAACGCGAGCACCGUUUCCUCUUCAUCGCUCCCGCCCGGGCUCGCUGCCCAGUGGACGCUGGACAAGGUGCUGGCCUGGCUCCAAGCCAACAACUUCUCCCGGGAGUGGCAGGAUGCCUUCAGGGCUCUCAAUCUCUGCGGCGCGCCCUUCCUCGAGCUCGGAAGCAGCCAUGGCGGCCGCGGGAACUUCGGCAUGAUGCAUCAGCAGGUGUAUCCGCAGGUCCACCGGGAGUGCGAGAAGAGCGGCACGCCGUUUGACCUUCCCAAGGAGCGGGAGGAAGGGAAGAGGAUGCGCCGGCUGAUCCGAAGCAUCGUGACGGGGAAGCCGGUCGAUCCAUCCAAGGUCGCGCCUAGCCAUGCCCGCAAGGAAUCCGCCACCGUUGCCCCCCCGCCCAGCGCUGCCACCGAGUCGGCGGCCGAGUCUCCCAACACGCCAAUCAAGGCCCCAGGCCCUGGCUUUGGCGGAAGGCGGUUUUCCCAGUCGCGCGCAACCACGGCGCCAACGCUGAAUGGCAGCACAACGAACACCAUGAGCUCCGAAGCGAACCACAGGAACCUGAUGAAGAACAUUGAUACCGAGAUUACCCGCCGCCACAGCCCCAGCGCCAGCGUCAGCGUCAGCGACUCGGGCGAGGCAGGCUCGUUCCGCGGCUCGACCCCGCGCGGAAGGGACAGCCCAAGUGGAAGCCCCGUCCCGCCGUCCGCCCUCUUUACCCCUUCGUCCACAGCAGGCAACGCGUCGGCGUCGCCGCACACAACAAGGUUCGGCCAUCGUUCUCGCAACAGCACCGACUCGACAUCCUCCAACGCGGCUAUAUACGGCUCCGGCGUCCCCCCCGAUGCGGCCGCCAUCUUGAAGAGCGGCAUGAACAUCGCCGACGCGGUGAAUGCGGCGACCCGCGCCUCCGAGGCGAGCGGUCGUCGCUACGGUCAGGACGGCGGCCGGCCCUCGCCCCAGGACACGGGCGACAGAAGCGCAGGCACCGACCCACCGGGCAGCGCGAAGACCUCGACCUCCUUCCUCUCGUUUCUCCGGGGAAAGAAGAAAAACGAGGACCAGGAUUCGCCGACGAGCCCGGGCCUUCUCGUCAAGAUGCACCUGCCGGGAAGUCGCCACGCGAACGAGAGCGAAGCCUCGCUCGACCGGCCGGCUUCCAAACGCGCCGGCAGCGGCCGCGUCUUCAUCCUUGCCACUGCUGAUGGCUGGAACUACCGCAUGGUGGACGUCACAGAUGUCGGGUCGUCGACGGAACUGCGACAGCUCGUCUGCAUCAACCUCGGCCUUCCUGAUCCGGAGAGCGCCCAGCUGUACUUGACCGAGCUGGGCAAAUUCGAGCACGACGAGGAGCCGCUCGACGAUUCGAAACUGAUGAUAGCCAAGAACCAUAUGGGGGACGCGGUCGGAUCCCUAAAGCUGUUUGUCCGCCCGAUUGGGUCGCCGCAGCUGCGCCCGCCAGGAGCGCAAACGUCAUCGUCCGGCCAUCUGUCUGUGCCCAUGGACGAGGAGGCCUAUGCCAAACUCCACGGGCGGCAACGGUCCAGCUCAUCGCCACCCACGUCUCGACUAAACACGCUCACGACCACCGACAAGGAGCGGGACGAGAAAAUGUUGACCGCAGAAGCCAUCCAGUACAGAACCGAACAGCUCCGGAAGCAGCAGGAGUACCUGGCGAAGCGCAAGCAGGCAGCCGAGGCCAAGGAGGGUAGUCCUUCUGCCGACGUCACUCCGUUUGGCAUCGUGGGCAGGAAUGUGGACUUUGACCAGCCCAGGCUCUCGCCGUACGAGGACAGGAAGCUCGACAACCUCCUCCCGCUGCGCAAGGCGCCCGCGCCGCCCGGCGACCCUUCUGCCACGCUGCUCAAGGCGAACUCGCUGAGCAAGAAGCACGCCGCCCGCUUGUCGCAGGGGUCGCAGGGGAGCGCAGACGGCGGCCGUCAGAAGCGCACGUCGUCUGAUAUGCGUGAAGAUGCCGCACUCGAGAAGCAGAGGAGACGGGGAGGGCCAGUCAUGCCCUCGCCAGAGGGCGGCAGCAUCCAUGGGCUGCUGGUGGGCAUGGCCGGCAUGGCGGGCGGCAUGGCGGGAAUCGGGCACCCCGCUGUGGGUGGUCACAGGGGACUCUCCCCUCAUCGGGUCUCAUCCAUGCCAGUGACCGAUCACGAAGUCAAUGACAGAGGUAAGGGUGCCAUGUCGACCGUCGACUUCGGGCAGCGGGCACGCUCCGGUUCCGGCUCGGGCGGGACCAGCCCGCGGAUAGGGCCGGUCCCGGGGUCGCCGGGCUCCACCACCUGGAGCUCCAAGAACGUGCCGUUCCUCGUCCCGGACUACUCGCCGGGCGGGACGCAGGGCCGUGGCGAUCGCGGCUCCGCCGGAGCUGGGCCCAGCCCCGACCAAUCCCACCUAGGAACAGAUGCUAAAAUUACUCGAGCAGCGCGCGCUCCGUCGCCGGGAGACGUCAGUCCCAGCUCCCGUCGGCCGAGCCACACGUUCCCGCCGCCGGCCAGCAGCGCCAGCAAGCGCAAGUCGCACGGCCCCGACACCGACUUCCAGGACAACGACGUCAGGUUCUCGCAAGCCUCAACCCUCGCCGGUAACGCAAAGACCGCCGCUGGCGCCACCGCCGACGACGACUCGGACGAUGACUCGGACGACGGCCUGUUCGCGGUUCCCCUUUCGGUCCGCAACGCCUCUGCUGCCAAGAAGGCGGCGUCGGGGCCGGCAGACGGGGGCGAGUUCGAAGGCACCGGCAAGCGUCCGAGUCUGCGGGUCAACACGGAGCGCUCCGGGAAGACCCGCUCGGUCGCUUUCAAAUCACCGCACUCGAGCGCUGACGGCAAGACGCCGGCCGGGGAGGACGGCGAGGGCGCGACGGGUGGCCCCUCGUCGCAGCGGCGCACGCCCGGGACCCCCGGUUCCGAGGGUUGGGAGUCGGAAGACCGCGACAGCAGACUUAGCAGGCGCAAAUCGUUUAUCGAGAAAGACGUCUGGGCCAACCGCCCGCCUCCCGACACACUCAUCAACAACCUCGAGGACUUCUUCCCUAACGUGGACGUCGACCAACCCGUGCUCGAGGAAGGAGAGGAUGGACCGCCUUCGCCCAUUGCCGAGGGAGACGAGAGCCAGGCGGACCAGAACCCGGCCCAGGCGGCUGCAGCUGCGGCUGCUCUGCCGCCCAUGCCGCCGCUUCCCGCCGGCCUGUCCUCCUCCGGCAACGCGAGAAGUUCUUCCAUCUACAACGAGAGCGAUACGCUGGGCUCCGACGAAUCGACGCUCAAGGCGCUCGACUCGCGCCCCGUAUCGAUGCAGACGCUAGCGCAGCGCAGCGUGCGCCGCUCCGGGGGGCUCGGGCGCAUGAAGUCGAUCCGCGAAGUUGCGCGGGGCGCGCACGAAGCAAGCAAGCGGUACACGCGGACGUCGGGCCAGCUGCAGGCGCAGACGGCGGGCGCGGGCGGGGCCGCCGAUAAGAACACCAACCUGAUGCGGCGCAAGAGCACCAAGAUGUUCAACGCCAACAUCGUGCAGAUCCAGCCGCAGCGCGGCUCGCUCAACCUGGGAAUGGGCGCGGGCGCGAUGCAGCAGGACGACGGCCUAAACCGGCGCGACAACAACAACAAUGUGCCGAAGCGACAGACGACGUUCCGCUGGUUCAAGGGCCAGCUGAUCGGCAAGGGCACGUUCGGGCGGGUGUACCUGGGCAUGAACGCCACGACGGGCGAGUUCUUGGCGGUCAAGGAGGUUGAGGUCAACCCCAAGGCGGCGCAGGGCGACAAGAAGAAGAUGCAGGAGCUGGUGGCGGCGCUGGACCAGGAGAUCGACACGAUGCAGCACCUGGACCACGUCAACAUCGUGCAGUACCUCGGGUGCGAGCGCAAGGAGACGAGCAUCUCCAUCUUCCUCGAGUACAUCUCGGGCGGGUCGAUCGGGUCGUGCCUGCGCAAGCACGGCAAGUUCGAGGAGCCGGUGGUGUCGUCGCUCACGCGGCAGACGCUGUCGGGGCUGGCGUACCUGCACCGCGAGGGCAUCCUGCACCGCGACCUCAAGGCGGACAACAUCCUGCUGGACCUGGACGGCACGUGCAAGAUCAGCGACUUCGGCAUCAGCAAGAAGACGGACAACAUCUACGGCAACGACAAGACCAACUCGAUGCAGGGGUCCGUCUUCUGGAUGGCGCCCGAGGUGAUCCGCUCCCAAGGCGAGGGCUACAGCGCCAAGGUGGACAUCUGGUCGCUCGGCUGCGUCGUGCUCGAGAUGUUCGCCGGCCGCCGCCCCUGGAGCAAGGAGGAGGCCGUCGGCGCCAUCUACAAGAUCGCCAACGGCGAGACGCCGCCCAUCCCCGACGACAUUCGCGAGGAGAUCAGCCCGAUCGCGAUCGCCUUUAUGCUGGACUGCUUUACUGUAGACCCGACCGAUCGGCCGACUGCCGACGUGCUCCUCUCACAGCAUCCGUUCUGCGAGCUCGACCCCAACUACAGCUUCCUGGACACGGAGCUCUACGCCAAGAUCCGGGGCACCUUCACUACUUAGCUGAGUUUGUGCAUACCGAGUACGGUAGGAUGAGGGGUAAGGGUCCAAAGGGGCCAAGGGGGCGGGGAGGAAGGAGGUGGCUGUGUCGAGCUUAUUCGUGGUUACUAGUAGGUAUGAAUUUGUGGAAUCCUCUU